AGAGUCCCGGGGCUGCCGGUUACUCUUCUGAGAGCCCUUCAGAAAAGCACAGGGCAGUGGGCAGAGAAGCCAGGGGGCGGGGGUGCAGGCAGGCCCAGCCUGUGUACCAGCCCGGGGAAACCCACGGAAGCACCCAUGAACAAGAGAUGGUGCAACCCGGGUGCGCACGUGUGUGCAGCCCGCUGGCACGUCUCUAUGCCCUGUGGGCACCUGUCGUGUGAGUAGCUCCGGGUGUGGCUGUUCCUGGAUGUUGUGGGUUUCAGGAAGGUUUGUAUCUUCGGGCCUGCCUCCCCCGUCUCCAGAGGGGAACUAAGAAGUUUAACUGACCAGGGACUGAGGAGAUUAAAGGAGUGGAUCUCAGUGGCAAGGCGAAGAGGGUGGGGACUGCGGGAGCAGCAGGCAGGGGAGCACCUAUUUGACCCAUCUCCCAGCUAGAAAAGGAUCUUGAAAAGACUGGCGUGACCCAUGUGCUCUGAAAUGUUUAGAGAGCCCCGAGCGGUGAUGACCACAGAGUGAGUGGCACUAGACUGAGCCUGUCUAAAUCGUGGACGACAGGGAUGCUUGCAUUUAGAAAGGCCAGAAGGAAACUCAGGAUGGGUACCAUCUGCUCUCCCAAUCCCAGCGGGACAAAGACAGCCUCGGAGGUCUGCAAUGCCGACUGGAUGGCCUCGCUCCCCGCUCACCUCCACAACGUCCCCCUUUCCAAUCUGGCAAUCCCAGGCUCCCAUGAUUCAUUCAGCUACUGGGUAGAUGAAAAGUCCCCAGUGGGGCCUGACCAAACCCAAGCUGUCAUACGCCUUGCCCGGAUCUCCUUGGUGAAAAAGUUAAUGAAGAAAUGGUCUGUAACUCAGAACCUGACCUUCAGGGAGCAGCUGGAGGCUGGGAUCCGCUACUUUGACCUACGGGUGUCUUCCAAGCCUGGAGACACUGACCAGGAGAUCUACUUCAUCCACGGGCUCUUUGGCAUCAAGGUUUGGGAUGGGUUGAUGGAGAUUGAUGCCUUCCUCACUCAGCACCCUCAAGAGAUCAUCUUCCUGGAUUUCAACCACUUCUAUGCCAUGGAUGAGAGCCACCACAAAUGCCUGGUUCUGCGGAUCCAGGAGGCCUUUGGGAACAAGCUGUGCCCAGCCUGCAGCGUGGAAAGCAUGACACUGCGGAGUCUGUGGGAGAAAAAGUACCAGGUUCUCAUUUUCUACCACUGUCCCUUCUACAAGCAAUACCCAUUCCUGUGGCCAGGGAAGAAGAUUCCGGCACCCUGGGCAAACACCACGAGUGUGCAGAAACUGAUCCUCUUCUUGGAGACCACCCUGAGUGAGCGAGCUCCACGUGGGGCCUUCCAUGUCUCCCAGGCCAUCCUCACGCCAAGAGUGAAGACUAUUGCUCGAGGCCUGGUGGGGGGCCUCAAGAACACACUAGUUCACAGGAAUCUCCCUGCCAUCCUUGAUUGGGUGAAGACUCAAAAGCCUGGCGCCAUGGGUGUCAACAUCAUCACAUCUGACUUCGUGGACCUGAUAGACUUUGCCACGACUGUGAUUGAGUUGAACGACCUCCUAGAGGAUCGAGCUCUGACUAAGUGUUGAAUUCAUGCUUUGUUUAAUUUGAGGUUGAGGUUGUUGAUAUAAGGUAGGAUUCUAGAGGGUUCUAGGAAAGAUGACUCACUUGUAGGCAGUCACGGGGAAGUGAGGAAGGAAAAGAAGGCCCUCUCUUUCCUCACAUAGCUACUUGGACUUAAAAAAAAAUCUAAGGGGUUUCCAUGCAUUUUCCCCCAAAGACACUUUUACAAACUUAAGUCUAAGAGAAGAAUGCAUGUUUCCUAUGGUUAACAUCAGGAUCUCCCCAGUGGCUUGUGGUGGCAAAUGGAAGAUGGAAGCAUCCUUUUCAGGUUCUGUGGGCUAUGCAACAUCCUAACUGGCCCAGCUUCCUCUUGUCUUCUGUGGUCAUUUGAGCCUGUGUGAAGACUAAGUCAGAAAGGCAUUCCUGGUCAGAAGAAUGGCACAUGUGAGCGUGGACCAUCCUGAGAGCUCUCUGCCAUCAACCCAGAGCUCUAAGGGGCUCCUAUGGAGCCAAGAACCAGGUCUCUCAUGAACUGUACAGUAUCACCACUUUCUACGAGAGCAAGAUAUGUUUAUUAUCACAGUGCUCAGCCACAGGCUGGCUCUGCAUAUCUUGGGCUAGAAGUGGGCACCUUUAUUCUUCAUAUAAGCAGUGCACCCUACCCUUGGCAUCAGAAAAAGUAUUUUCUUAUUUUAAUGUAUUUUGGGCCCUAUCUUUAAAAUGAUAGGGACAGUAGUUGGAAAGUCUUUUCUGUGAGGGCCCAAUACAGACUAAACAUGCAUGUUGGUUGCAUGCCAGAGUUCUUUGAUUUCGUUCUGUAUCCUUCUCCCCAAACGACUAUCAGGCAAGUACCUGGAUCAUUUUGGCCAAGUCCUCUGGAGUGAGGUCUUCAAGCCUGAGAGCAGAAUCCUGUCUUAUUGAUUAUCUGUCUGGGACCUGGUCUGCUGCACGACACAAUGCUUGUCUAUGACACCAUGGAGGAGGCUGACACAGGAUGCGUGGGAACGUGCAAUGGAAUUGAAGGACGAUGGUCCAAGUGGGUUUGGAGCCAGUCUGUAACUCCUUGCAAACAAGACUACCUCGGGGACAUUUAGCAUGACUCGUAUGUCAUCCAGUGAGGGAAAAAAAAAGCAAUGCUGGACAUUUCUGCUUGUUUUUCCAUUUAGUCUACUUCCUGUGAGUUGUUCAGCCAACUGCCUUUGCAUGAGGGCUUGGAGACACAAGGGGAACUUUUUUUUUUAAUUGAUAAGAGGUGCUUUUUAUUGAUAAGAGCCCUCUUUUGUUUCAUUUGCUUUGUUUGAGUAUUUAUUAAUUUAUUUAUUCAUAGAGUAAGGAUCUGCAGUGUUCCCUGCCUGAAGAACACUCACAGAUGUUUGCUGGACUUUUCCUACCCAGGAUGCUGCUGUGGUCAUCCACUCAUGCACUGCAUGGCGCAUCUCAGGGGCUGUGAGUGACCUCGUAACUUUGCUGUAGGUGCCCUACCGCAACCCCAGUCCUGCUGGGGACAAUGUAUAGGUGUGGAUGUGAUCCAGAUAUAGGAAGCUACUGCCAAAGGCAUGCACAGGGACAGAAGUGAAAGGGUCAUGAGAAACUAUACUACACAGGCGUAUAGAGCAUUGGGAAGAGUAGAACUAGGAAUAAUGGCUGAGCAUACACGUGAGUGUGCUUUGCUAACCUUCAGCCCUAUUUGAGAAUCCCUAAGGAGUGUCAGAUUCCACAUUCCUAAGGAGGAAUAUAAACAGGCAGGGCUGGGUGGGCAUGCAUAUUUACAGAGAUUGCUGGACCUUCUAGUACUUCUCACGUCUCUCCCUUUGAUUGCCUUGUCAGUUGUGCAUGCUGCCUGCCGGUGGGGAUAUCUUGGGUGAGCUAUUGAAAACAUGCAUGCCCCGAAUGGCUGACCAUCUGACCUUUCUUUCCCUAAUGUAAUUUAGGCCUUGACUUUUUACUUCCAUAGUUCACGGAGGCCACAGCACAAAGGCCUCUGAGAAAACCUGAUUUGGCUUCUCCUGUUCUUGAGUUUGAAUCCUGCCCAGAGGUGGCUUCUGGAAUGUUCUUGUCAAACUUGGCAGAGCCUUUCUGCACAGGGCUUCCUCAUUGUGUAGGAGUGCAUACCCUCACCAUCUUCAUUUCCCUUCCGUUGUGAUGCUCUACAGAGAGGCUCCCAAAACCUUAGCCUACCCUCAGGUUUUUAUUUUUGUUUUUUUAUUGUUGCAUUCUUUUUUGGUUUUGGUUUUAACUAUCAGUUAGUUACAAGGGACUAGAUCACUCCCUUCUGUUAACCCUUUGUUACUUGGCAAAGAGAUAAGGAGGCAACAGGAGAGGCAUUCUGCUCUGUUUUAUUUGCGCCUCAGCUUUGUCCGGGUGCUUGGUGCUAUGGAGCCUGGUGUGUCAGCACCAAAUGGAUACCAGUUUCACUUUAAGGCUGCAGACUGUUCUGUGAACUGUUUACUUCGUUUUCUCCCUUUGCUCUUAAAUACACAGUUGUAUUUCACUUCUGACAUUUAAGUACACCUCAGUGUUUGCAUCCUGCACCAUCAAGUCUAACACAGAAGCACAGAGCACUUCCAAGGCCACGUGUAUGGGCCCCUUCUCCCACAGUGAGUACAUGAAUGUAUAUCACCGGCUCAUCCAUGCUGCGUUAGGGUCCCAGCCUCGCUGUUAUUCUGAACAUCUGAGAGGUAGGGAGAGGAUUAUUCACAGUUCCUCCCAGGGAUUACUCAACUCUGCCCCAAGAACAGGCUUCCAAUGUUGGAAAAGCUGCAUGCAUUGAAGCUGUGCCUUGAAGACCAGGCAGAAACUUAAGUGAAUUGGACAGAGAAAAAGUAGAACAUGGGCCCCAGAGCUCAUUCUGCCAUAGUUUUCAAGUGAGAGCUCUGACCCAAAUAUAUCACAUGUUCUCUAAUAUCGGGGGAGUCAUUCAGAUUUUAAAAAAAGGUUCUCAUAGUUAUUCAGAAUCAACUUCAAGAGCAGCUAAAAUGCUGCUUGAUUAACUUAGUUGGGGUUCAUUCCUGUUUGGAAAUUUAACUGGGUUCUUCCUGAACUCUACACCAUUCCAACACAGCCAUAUUUUCUUAAUGGCCCAGACCUAGAUGCCCCUAGGUCUCUGUGGCUUAGAAUGGUGUCUCAGGGCUUGAAUACUGAGUUUAUCAGAAGUUCCAAGUAUGUUAUGGAUGGAGACAAUUUUCUUCGGAUUGAAUGGAGAAGUCAGGAUGGAUGUGAUGGAAGAGAUUGGUGAGUGUUUAAGGAUUUGGUCUGAGAUCAUGGCAGAUCUUAGAAGUCAUGCAAAAAAAAUACUUAUAUUUGCUGCAUAAGAUUUGAUAGUGAUUGUUUUCUCUAGUGCUGGGUCCAGACCCUGAAUUUUUUAGAACUGUUAAUCUAGAGUUUAGAGUUCAAAUCCAAUAUUUUAUAUGCAUGCAAAGAAAAGCACAUGACCUGAGGAGAGAUAAUGACAGACCUUAAGAAUCCUGGAUAUUUUUUUAUAGUCUCAUGUUCAUGUCUGGAAAUUCAUGCUUCUAUUUAGGAAGGCAAUGAAAUGAAGCAUUCUGAGAUGAAAUGAAGCUUUCUGAUGUGUCUGGAUAUUUGCAUUUUUUCCAGUUGUUAGGGUUAGGGUCAAGGGUCAGGGGUUAGGGUUGUGGUCAGUGGUCAGAGGUUAGGAGGCAUCUCCAAAGAGACAUAAUACACAUAAGCACAAAGUGUAAGGUGGAGACCCAGAAGAAAUCCAGGCUGAAAGGAAACUGCUGUUUCCUCUGAGAAGCAAAAGGACUGCAUGCUGACAUCAUUUUUAUGAUGUCCUUGAUUGUUUGUUAUGUUCUGGGAAACAGAACUGACUAAUGAAUGAGCCACGGUCACGAGAUCUCCCUUAACUGAGCAACUGGUCCUGGGCUAAGCUGUCAUUGGUUCUUCCAUCUUUAAUAAUGACACAAAUCUCAGGUGGCUGAUUCAUAAAUUACGAGGUCCUAGAGCUCAGCCUGAAUGCCUUGUGCUCUAGGGAUGCACCCUUAGCAUGAUUCUCCCUUUUGUGCACAUGUGCAGAGAAUAUGGUUAGAGUCAUGCAAGAAUGUGGUGCAGGCCGAUGGAGUUCAACGAUGUGUUGUACGUUUCAGGGUGGACAUAAUGUGUGGGGCUCAAUGAAAUCUGCCAAAAUGUACAUGGGCCCCUGGGAGGCAGGUUUUCUCUAGAGGAAACAGUAGACAUUGAGAGUAUCAAACAUCCAAGCUGACAGGAAUCUCAUUUGGUGCAGCAUAGAAGAGCAUAGAUGUCCUUGUCAAUUUCAUUACCUGUCUAGCGAAUCUUAACCCUCUACCACAGCUGCUUCCUUGUAGGUGAUUCCACAGUUUCAUUUCUCAGUAGUGUCACCUUAGGACACAGGGAGAGUGGACUGAUUGAAUAGCAAGUGGUGUCAGUAUAAACUUCUCCUCAAUUCCAGAAGGUUCUAAUCAGCUUGUGACUGCCCCAAGAGACCUCCUACGUCCACAGCCUUUGGAUUCCCCAGCUUCCUGCUGCACACACUGACACUAACGGCCAUGUCUCUUGAGCUAGCCUAACUCCGAAGCAACCCUACAAUGAUGCUAUUGAUUCUUCCUUUAAAAAAAAAAAAAGGAAAAAAAAAACUAUGUCUUAGACAGUGUAAAAAUAUUCUAAAUUUUAUCAAACUCAUUUUAAAACAAAAUGGUUCGAAUAAGACAAUUCUCUCUUCUCUUUGGGCGAAAUUCGGAAGCACAUUUGUUGAGGCAACUGCAUCAGUCGACUCGAGGCAGUUUCCCAUCGUCCUUCCUCAUUCCCUUCAUAGAAAGCUACUUUUCCCCCUCUUGUCACUAGCAUCUCCAUCAUCUGCCAAUGACCGCGUCACAAGAUGCUGACAGAGACUCUGCUCUGUCCAUGUUGGUGGUUGCUCUUUAGCCUUCUCCAAUGCACUAUUCUGCCUCCUGAUCCCACCCAGUCAUUAGAACUAUGCUUAAUUAGAGCCCUGAAAUUGGGACCAAUGUUCAAUUCAUAUAGCACAGGCUUGCUCACAGUGUUAAGCCCACUAAGAAGCAUAACACUUUGAAAAGUCAUAUAGGCCUUUGGCAACUCUGUAUAGUUGCAAUGUCACACCUGUUAUCGGUUUAUAGCACUAAUAAUAUGUCAAAGAUAGAUCUAUAGUAUCAAGAUGAUAACUCUUAGAUCAUGUUCUAGAAAUAAUAAUACCUUGCUGCUAUUAUUACCCCAGUAUGAAUAAGUAUUAAAUGCAGAUUGUAUAUGCAUUAUUUGUAUUAUGUACAUACCAACUGUAAUACUUAGCCUCCCUGAUCAGUAAUUUAAAAUUACAGAAAUUGUCAUAGUAAAAAUCAGUCUUGGUCAGUUCAGAUAAUUUGUGCAUCUGAUAAAUGCUGUAAUGGAGAUUAUAUUUUGUCUUCUAUUCAUUGAUUUACACUACGAUGCAUGUGGUUUGCUAAACUUAAGAAAUAAUAAUCAAUUUUUACCAAUUUUAAGGUUAGAGAUAAAAUUGUGCAUAUAUGCUACUUGACACUCUGAGAUGUAUCUUGUGGCCUGAUUGUCAAUGUCAUAUACACUUCACCUGCCUUCUUUCCCUCUAGGAAGUAGUUGUUGAAUUGCAUCUCUUCUUUCUUGAAACCUGGAUUAAAUCACUUGAUUCAUCCUAAACUAUUGUGAAGCCACAGUACCUCAUUUUAACUGUGAAAAAAAAAAGUGUUAAUAGAUUUGACCAUAUGAUGUGUUUCCUUGUGUUUGACUUGAGCCAGUUAAAAAGGUUUAAACCUAGUAAUAAACAUGAAUCUUUAAUA